AGCAGCUAUUACGGCGGAGGGCCUUCUUCGCAGCGACAGCCCGGGAAGGAGGUGGAGGUCGCCUUGGCUCUUGGAGAUCCCCGGCUGGGCAAGCGGGUGAGAGAAAAGCGAAGAGAGCGUGAGCCCGGGCUGUGGCCUCCCGGCCCUGCCGCUCUCCCUUCACGACCAGCCGCGUUUGUUUGGAUUUAAUCUUCAGGUUGCCGGCGCCCGCCCGCCCGCCCGCCGGCCUCGCGGGUCGAGGGGGAAGCACCCGUGCGUGUGGCUGGCGCCUGCUGGGUCCGGACACCCGCCCGUCCGCGCCACUUCUUCCGCGGCAGCAGCGUCCCCGAACCGCGGGGUCGUGUUUGUGUUUGACCCGCGGACACCGGCGGCGGGGCGAGCGGCCCAGGCCGGUGUCGACGGAGCAGGGCGGGCGCAGCGGAGGAAGAGGGAGCGGCAGCCCUCGGAAACCCGGCGCCGCCAUGGAACUGGGCCCGGAGCCCCAGCACCGCCGCCGCCUGCUCUUCGCCUGCAGCCCCCCUUCUGCGCCGCCGCCCGUCGUGAAGGCGCUUUUCGGCGCUCCAGCCGCCGGGGGCCUGUCGCCUGUCACCAACCUGACGGUCACCAUGAAUCAGCUGCAGGGGCUGGGCAGUGAGUAUGAACAGCCGCUGGAAGUGAAAAACAGCAGUCUGCAGAGAAUGGGCUCCUCCGAGUCAACCGAUUCAGGCUUCUGUCUGGAUUCUCCUGGACCCUUGGACAGUAAAGAAAACCUUGAAAAUCCCAUGAAGAGAAUAAAUUUCCUACCUCUCAAGCUCUUGGGGUGUAGUCCAGCUCUGAAGAGGAGCCAUUCUGAUUCUCUUAACCAUGAUGUCUUUCAGCUGAUGGACCAGGAUGAGAAUAAGGAGAAUGAAGCCUUUGAGUUUAAGAAGCCAAUAAGACCUGCGUCUCGUGGCUGCCUGCGACUUGAGGAGGGUAAAGAUCUCUUCACACAGAGGCAGAGCUCUGCCCCAGCUCGGAUGCUUUCCUCAAAUGAAAGAGAUAACAGUGAACCAGGGAAUUUCGUUCCUCAUUUUAUGCCCCAGUCACCUGUGACUGCCACUUUGUCUGAUGAAGAUGAUGGCUUCAUGGACCUUCUUGAUGGAGAGAAUAUGAAGAAUGAUGAGGAGACCUCGUCCUGCAUGGCAAGCCUGUGGACAGCUCCCCUUGUCAUGAAAAGAACUACAAACGUUGGCAAUCGAUGCAAGCAGUUUGACUCCACUUCCCCGUGUAGCUCUGCCUUGAGAUCCAUGUUGAAAAGACCAGAACGAUUUAGAGAGGAGUCCCCACCCGGAAACACCAAGCGGAGGAAGAAUAUGGUUUGGGCAGGUCCCGAAGAGGCAGCUAGUCCAGAGAAGCCACAAGAGAUUCUACAUCAGUCUUUAUCCCUGGUAUCUUCCCCCAAAGGAACCAUUGAGAAUAUUUUGGAUAAUGACCCAAGGGACCUUAUAGGAGACUUCUCCAAGGCUUAUCUCUUUCAUACAGUUGCUGGGAAGCAUCAGGAUUUAAAAUAUAUCUCUCCAGAAAUUAUGGCAUCUGUUUUAAAUGGCAAGUUUGCCAACCUUAUUAAAGAGUUUGUUAUCAUCGACUGCCGAUACCCAUAUGAAUAUGAGGGAGGCCACAUCAAGGGUGCGGUGAACUUGCACAUGGAGGAGGAGGUUGAAGACUUCUUACUCAAGAAGCCCAUCGUGCCUACUGACGGCAAGCGCGUCAUCGUGGUGUUCCACUGCGAGUUUUCUUCUGAGCGAGGCCCUCGCAUGUGCCGCUACGUGAGAGAGAGAGAUCGGCUGGGUAACGAGUACCCCAAACUCCACUACCCUGAGCUGUAUGUCCUGAAGGGUGGAUACAAGGAAUUUUUUCUGAAAUGCCAGUCUUACUGUGAGCCUCCCAGCUACCGGCCCAUGCACCAUGAGGACUUUAAAGAAGACCUGAAGAAGUUCCGCACCAAGAGCCGGACCUGGGCAGGGGAAAAGAGCAAGCGGGAGAUGUACAGCCGCCUGAAGAAGCUCUGAGGGGCCGGGCGGGCAGCAGCAGCAGCCAGGGCCUCCACCCCUCCCCUCUUUGCUGCAGAGAAACUUGAGCAAAGGGGCCAGCUGUGUGAUGUUUGGAGCGAAGGCCCGCGGCUUCCUUCCUUAAACCUUCCCUGCCACACUCCUGAGGUUGGAACCCAGAGCAUCCUGCUGGCUACAUCUUGUCCGGCCCUGCAUCGGGACUGUCUCCUAAGGCUGUCAUGUGCCCAGUUAGAGCACCCAGUCAAGACAAGUUCUGCCUCUUCAUCCCUGCACCUGGAGGGACCACCAGGGGCACUACUGGGCACUUGUCCCCUCUGAGGGGAGGGGUAGGAAAGGGCAUGGAGAGAAGUAAGACGAUGGAAAUGCUGCUGGCCAAAUACCAAAGACAGUCUGGGAAGGAAGUGGUCUUUGUGAGAUAACCCAUAUCUUUAAUUUAUUCGACCUCAUCAAUCACUUUAUUUUUAUUUUUAUUUUUUUUUACCUCCUGGAGACUUUAUUUUAACUGCUUCUUUAAGUCACAAUACUGCUAUUUUAUCAUCCCAAGGACUACCUCUGCUUUUAAUUAAGGAAAAAAAAAAGAGGGAGGAAGAAGAGGCAACAUGCGAGUGUGGGACAGACUAGCUCUGUCGCCCCCAGGAGGCACUGCAGUACUGGGGCUGCUGCUAUUUAAAGCCAAAGACUGAGGUACUGGUGGGAGCAGGCACUGGACUCGGCUUUGGCUACAGGGCAUAAGCUAAACCUCCCGGACCUACCUCGAAGGCCACUGAGAUCUCCCUG